GCGCGCGCGCGAGCGUAUUUGUACAACGUACGUGCGUGUACGUGCGUUUUGCGGGUAGCGUUGCUCGACGGGGGGGAUACGGAGACUCCCGGGGGAAAGAGAUGCAGCGGCGUCGACACGUCGGUCGUAUCUGACGAGAAACCGCGACGAGGACCCGCGACCGGUCGUGCGCCGAAGGAGCGUCCCGAGCCCCGACGGCAUCAUGUCCAGCACAUUUGAGCGAGACCCGAAAAAGAGGAGGGUGAAGCCGGUGGAAUCGGCGCAUCAGUCGCUGCUCGACUUCGACCUCGGCGAGAGCUCGGACGACAGUGACUUCAGGAUCGAGGAUCACUGCGAAGAGUCGGACGACGAUUCCGUGGAUUCUAACGAUGGGAAAGAAGAAGAUGCAUCCGAAGAAUCCGACGAUUCGUUGGAGGACCCGCUGUUGAGAGGAAAAGACGGCAUCAGCUUAACUAUAGGAGACGUGAUCGAACAAGCUCGCCAGCAGGCACUAAAGGGCGCCCCUCUCGACGACAAACUGAGCAAGGUGCUGAUUUGCUGCGGUUGCCUGGGAGACAGGAGCGACGAUAUAAAUGAGAUCGUCGAGUGCGACGGCUGCGGAGUCAGCGUUCACGAAGGCUGUUACGGUGUCUCCGACGUGGAGAGUUUCUCCAGCACCGACUCGUUGUGCCAAUCGGCACCGUGGUUCUGCGAGGCUUGCAGCGCGGGAAUCGAGGAUCCGUCGUGCGAGCUCUGUCCCAACAAGGGCGGCAUUUUCAAGGAGACAGACGUCGGAAAAUGGGUUCACCUAGUGUGUGCUCUCUACGUGCCCGGCGUUGCCUUUGGCGAGGUCGACCGUUUGUCGAGCGUGACACUGUUCGAAAUGGCGUACAGUAAGUGGGGCGCGAAGACAUGUUCUCUAUGCGAGGACUCGUGUUACGCACGCACAGGCGUGUGUAUCGAAUGCGAUGCCGGGAUGUGUCAUACGUAUUUUCACGUAACCUGCGCGCAAAGAGAGGGUUUACUGUCCGAAGCGCACAGCGAGGAGGUCGAUCAAGCUGAUCCGUUCUAUGCACACUGCAAAUUGCACUCGGAUAAAUCUCUCGUUCGUAGACGUAGGCGCAAUUGGCUGGCUUUGCAGAUGCGUGCGCAGUACCGACAACAGAUGUUGAAGCAACCUAAUCAUCUGGACACGGACGAGCAGCGUAGGAUUCAGAGGAAGUUGGCCAAGCACAGGCACAAGUAUUUAGCUCACAAGGCGUCGCGUCCGCCGCCGUGGGUGCCGACACAGAAGAUGCCACGUUUAUUAACUACAUCCGCUUCCGCUUGCCGUCAAUUGGCAAGAAAGGCCGAAUUAAUGGGCGUGGAUACGGCUGCGCUAGAGGCACAAGAGUCCCAGCUGGUGGCGUUAGUCGACGUUAGGAAAAAGUGGCAUAUCGCUCCCGCUUUUAGCGUAGAAUUUAUCGGCUAUUAUUUGGAUCGGAAUUUACGCGUGACGUCAAUGAAGAGGCGGCUGCAAGAACUUCUCGAUAUCAACUCGCAGUUACUGAACGAGCAACAGAGAUUGGACAGAAAGUACGACGAAGUGAUGAAGGACAAUGAGGAGCAGAUUCGAGUAAACGUGACGUUGAAAGAGAAGAUUGAGUUGUAUCAUCAAGUACUUAAAAGCGCCGGUUUCGUGAAGCCUCUGCCGUCGAUCGCCGAUCUGGUGAAGCCAAGAAUAGCACCCACGCUCGGUACGGGAUUAGGCGUGCCUACGGCAGCCGCCUUGAAGAUGGGUGUUGGAUUUCCACUCCCCGUGGGCAAAGGCGUCGAAGGUAUACGCGAGGGUAGAGUGUUGAGUAGCCAGGCGCAAGAACAAAAUCAUAAAAACGAGCUGACGACCUUGCGGCAUCAGUGCGGCAUCUGCAGACGAUCGACCAAUCAACAUCUCCUCGCCAAGUGCGACACGUGCCAUUUGCACUAUCACCUAUCUUGCUUGAGUCCGCCCUUAACACGAAUGCCGAAGAAAACGAGACAGAUGGGCUGGCAAUGUUCCGAGUGCGACAAGGAGUCCUCGGGAUCGGAAGUCGAGCGUGUGGACACAUCAGCACCACGUAAAUUAAGACAUUGUAAGGAUGAGACCAACUCGACGCCUACACCGCCACAGGAAGUGCAAGCAGCUAUGGCAGCAAGUACGCCUACCACAUCGAAAAAUCCUGCCAGUAAUGUAACAAACGUUACUGCUCCUGAUACGCAUACGACACCAAAGCUAACUAUUAAACCAAUGGGGCCGCAACCGUCAACCGUAGAACCUACGCAAGUAUCUGAGUCGGUGUACAAUCAACAAUCUGUUAAUAAUAUCACCGUAAGAGAAGGUUCACCGGAAUAUAUGGUAGCUUCAGCGGAUGGAACGGAAGUGGUCUCACAAAGAAGUGGCAAAAAAAGAAGAAGAGAAAAGCAUAAGAGAUAUUCUCCGGAUCCGAUAACUGGGAUCAAACAGAGGAAAAGGAAGCAUAAAAGAAAAAGUUUAGAUGUCGAAAAUCCAGAAGUUCAAAGUCAACCAGAGGUUCAUAGAAGGAUUACAAUAAAAAUAAAACCGAUUCGUCGACCGGAGGGACAUACAGAUUCGGAAUCGAGCCCGCAAAUGUUUGUGGCCACUUCGAGCACUGAGAUUACAUUGCCACCACCGCCUGUGCCACCUCCGGCUGCAAACGUGUCCCCGAUGAAUGUAUCCAUGAAUAGCAGUGGUCGACUGUCGACGGGAACGAAGAGAGGGAAAGAUACGGACCUUAUGACGCAGUGUAACGUCUGUGAUUCUCCCGGCACCAACCAAAAUCUCGUUAUGUGUGACGAAUGUAAGAAAUGCUAUCACUUUACAUGCUUAGAUCCUCCUGUGAAAAAGUCUCCGAAAAGGAGAGGCUAUUCAUGGCACUGUGCCGACUGCGAUCCUAGUGCCUCUGAAACUGAGACUUAAUAUCAACAAUUUUCUAUCUGCAGCUCCAAUUCUACGUUUAUAUAAAUAAGGCCUUCAGUGUUAUUCUGUUUUUUUGUAAGAUACGAAAUCACAAGAGAGAAACUUUGCUGUAAUUUAAAGAAAAACCGAAUUCUAUGAGAAUCUACAAAUUCCACUUAAAACUGAUUCAUUUGAAUCUUAGUAUAGUUCGCGCUACUUAUUUCUUGUCAUUUCUUUCACUGAUUUUUUCUUAACGCUUUGUAGUUUUAUAUAACAGAUCUACGCAAAGAGAUAUAUUAAAUAAAUUUUAUAGCAAGGAACAAAAAGAAUAUACAAAAGAAUAUUUUCGCAUGAGACAAGAAUGAUACUAUUUUAAAUUACAAGAUUAGAGCAAAAAGCAAUUUCUCGUAUCGAACAUUUAAAGAAACAUUGAUAUAUAUAAUCUGUAAUUUUUUUUAUUGCAAUAGUCGCUGCGUCAAUAUUACAUUUUGUACAUUCUAAGUUAAAUACUAUUGUAGUCAAUAAAAAUUUUAUGUUCAUGAUCUAUUUCUAAAUGAAAUUGUCAUAGAUUUACAAAAGACCAGCGUUGGAGUCAGAAGCAGCGCUGUAGAUUAUGUAACAUUACUC